UUGUACUCAUUUUGGCCCCUCUCUAUUUUGUAACAAGCCCCGUAAGGCUUCAUGAGUGUUCCUUUUUUGUCUUGCUUUUAUUCUUGUCUGUGAAUUUUUGUAUCUUGUAUCUACAUAUCGCAUACAGAGGGCGGUAUUUAUUUAUUUGCGAAGGAGGGUUCUCUGCCGAACAAAGCUGAGUUAAAAAUCCACAGUGUUUUGUAUGUUUUUGACUGGAGCACACUAUGAAACGAAUCGAUGUGGCAAAAGCAUUGCCUUUCGUUUUUCUUUUAGCCUAUCAAAUACAUAAUGGAACGAUGGCUUCAUUUCUUUCAAGAGCUCUAGGCUCAGAACACGCGGUGCUGUCGGUAAAGCAUGUUCCAAAGGAGCCCAGGUUAAUUGGAACAAUUCCAGCAUGUUUCAUCAGCAUAGCGAUAGCAUUCAGUCUCGUCACCGUUAGCAUGUUCAUUGCGCAAUAUAUGGGAUGGGGUUAUUUCAAAAUCGAAGAGGACAUUGGCAACCUGAGUACCAUCCGAGAAUAUCUCAUGAUGAUUCCGGAGUUCUUCUGUAUCGUUGCUGAGGAGAUGGUUGUUAGGUGCUAUUUAUUACCAAUGAUGAUGUCACAGUACACAACAGGGCAUGCCAUUGCAUUAAGUGGAUGUAUAUGGGGGCUAUACACAGUACCAUUGACCCUGCUACUGCAUGAAGGUGACUGCGAAACAACAUGGAGUGGUCAUAGGCUGUUUCUGUCGUCCCUGCUAACACCUUAUCCAUACAGCUGGGUUGCCGUGAAGUCGGGCUAUGUCUGUUGGGCGCCCUCAAUACUGCAUUUUGUCAACAAAUCUUUAAGUUCUUUUGCCUUAGGAAACAUGGAGACAAAAGAGCUUGGCAUAAUGAAAGGUGAACCAUGGAAGACCAAUGGACUGACGAACAUCAUCACUGCCAUUCCAUUUGCAUUCUUCACAACAUUUGAGCUGAAUACAUUAAGUCAUUUAUCCUGAUGUUCAUGUUUAAAUAAUGAAAAGAUGACGUACAGUACUUUUGGUAGCUACUGGGAUGGAUAACAGAUUUUUCCAGGCCUAAUAAACUACAUUGAGUUUUUGUAGUUAAUAUACUACAGUCCUCAGUCCCCUAUUCCCAUCCCCCAUUUGACUAAGCAAUAAUAUCUACUAUAUAGAGAAGUGUCCUGAAAAUUGUAGCCAUACCGUUGUACUCGAAAUCCUUCAUCCCCAAAGUGCAAAAAAUACGCUGGUCCGCUGCAGAUUUCCUCCUAUCAAUUUACUGGUACCCAUCGAUACAGCUGGGUAGACUGAAGCAAUGUAGAUAGAGUGUCUUGGUCAAGGACACAAGCGAAAUGCACAGCGAAGGAGUAAAGCUCAACCUCGAGGCUGGAAACCAAACCAUUCCCACUCUGCCAAACCACUUCAACAUCCUAAAACUGUACAGUAUACUGUAAUUCAUACUGUAGGUUAUGUUGGACUUCUGUUGAAGUUCUGUUUUGAUUUUUCUUUUUAUUUUGAUAUUGUUUACUUCACUAUGACAUUUUUAGUAGCUAAAGCUGGUUUUAUAAAUUUGGUUCCUGAGUACAGUAAACUGGUUAAUGUUGCUGGUUAAAUCUCUGCACAUUGGACACAAUAUUGAUGUCUUUGCCAGAGCCAUAUAUAGAAAGAGUUGCGGCAUUGAGAAUUUAGAAGCCAUUCCGUGUCCAACACGAUGCACGUUCUCUGUCCAACGCGAUCCGCGUUCUAAUUAUAAUUUUGAUUAUCAUUUGAUUAUCAAGCACGCGUGAACACGCGCAAGUUUUUUAAUUCUAAAGAUAAAUUCUAAUAACGCUUUUGAUAUUAAAUAGUUAUUAAGAAAUAACAUCAUAAAUGAAAUUGAACAUGUGAAAAUACUAUGUAAUAUACCUAACUUAUCAUUACUUUGUAUAUGUUCAUCGGGAAGAUUUGGACACAAAAAUGGACGGUGUGUACGACGUGACUUUCGCAAACCGAGGAGCGGAAUGUCGCAACUCUUUAUAUAUAUGGCUCUGUUCUUUUCACCAGUGUGGCGCCCUCUAGACCCACUGGUGCUGCCCCUAGGGAAUAUUUUGAGUGGAAUUAUUUUAAGUACCUUCCUGUGUGUGAGCAUUGUGUGUAAUAUUUAUUAGUUAAAUCUAUUUCUUAUGUUGUGCUUUAUGGUUUAUUCAUAUUAAUUAUAUUAAAAUUAGAAUUAUAUGUAA